AUGAAUGAAGAAUCACCAAGUAAUAGUGAUUUAUUUGGUGAUGACGUUCCAGAAGAUACAUCAACUUUAUUAGAUGAUCUAACAACUGAAUUAGAUGAACUAACAGAAGAAGCUCCAGUAGAAGAAACAAAGAAAAAAAGGUCAAGAAAAUUAAAAAAACGUGAUUCUUCAAAGAAAAGAAAAAUUGAUGUUUCAGCUUUUCUGGAUACUGAAGCACAAGUUGGUGAUGAUGAAGAUGAGAAUUAUGAAUAUGAUUUUUUAUUACCUGAUGAAUCUACAGAAGCUGAACGUUUAGAACAUCGUAGUAGACUUAAACGUUUACAAGAUGAUAAGAGAGAUGAUAGAAGAAUUGGUGGUACACAAUAUCUUGAAACAGCAAUCGACAAAUUAGCUAAACGUUAUCAAGAUCAAACUUUUGAAGAAGGUGAAGAUGAAAUUCAAGAAUCACAACCAAUAGAAUAUGAUGGAAUAGAAGAAACAAGUGCAUUGAUACCAGAUUUGGGUGAUCCUAAGCUAUGGAUAGUGAGAACAAAUAGACAAACUCCAGAUCGAAAUCUAGCAAUUUCAAUAAUGAAUAAGUCAUUAAGAUAUCAAAGUAUGGGUAAAAACUUGGGAAUUUAUUCCUGUUUUGUACCAGACGGAGUUACAGGAUAUUUAUACAUUGAAGCUGAUAAUAAAACUACUGUCAUUGAAGCACUUUCCGAAUUUAGACAAAUCAGUCUCAAUACUUUAAAAUUAGUUCCAAUUAAUGAAAUGUCUAAUGUUUUUACUACAGGAUUUGACAAUGUGUAUAUUCCAAGAGUUGGUGAAUUUGUAAGAGUCAAGUUUGGACGUUACGCGGGAGACUUGGGCCAAGUUUAUGAAUCCGAUGAAAACACCUCCACAGUCACACUUAAGCUUAUACCCAGAAUUGAUCCAUCAAUACUCUCAAAUAAUGAUAAUUUUAACGAUGGAUUUGAUGGAAUUGAUUCAAUCAACUCAAUUGGUACAGUUGGUACAGCCGCCCCAGUGAAUGGAGUAAAAAAGAAUAUAAAGUAUAAUAAAAUGUUAUUUGAUAGAGAUGCAGUGGAGUUGAAUGGAGGAUUAAUAGAACAUGGAAUAAUACCAGGAACAUUCCGAUACCAAGGAAUGACAUUUCUAGAUUCGGGACAUAUUUUGCAAAAGUUCAGUUCAAAACGUUUAGUGACGCAGGAUGCAGUCAACCCAACAUUGGCAGAGUUGCGGGAGUUCUCAACAGACUCCUCACUAACCGAAGUUUUGUCACAUGUGACGAGAUCAGCAGGAUCGAAGAGUGCCCUGUAUAAACUAGGAGACCGAGUAAAGGUAGUCAAGGGUGAACUAAUGAGUGUAACGGGUAAAAUAAUAGGAGUUGAAGCUGAGGAGGUUGAAGUUCAGCCAGAUGACAAAGAGCUUCCAAAUUUCAGAAUAAACCUAAACUCAGUGAUCAAGGACCUGGUGGAAGGAGAUAAUGUACGAGCAAUUGGAGGGUCAAAUGAAGGGAAAACCGGAUUGGUGGUUAUGGUCAACGCCAAGAACAGAAGUGCAUUGGUGUUUUCGCCCCAGACUGGAGAAGAGUUCAAGAGCACAUUGGAACAUUUGGCAUUGAUUCCACGUGAGGGCCUGGGAGAUGAGGGUUCAAAAGUAGGUGGAAUUAAUGGGUUUGUGGUUACAGACUUGGUCCAAACCACCAGCGGAGAAGUUGGAGUUAUCAUAUCAGUAGAACGUAGCGGCUCAGUUACAAUCUUGACAGAUGGGAACAACCGCCUGAAAGUAUCCCCAGGCCAAAUUACGUGCAAACGGACCUCGGUAGGUAGUAGUAGUCGCGAUUUCAAUAACCAGCCAAUAGAGCCAAGACAAAGAGUAAUGGUAGUAAGGGGAAAUUAUCGUAAUAAAACAGGCCAAGUGUUACAUUUGUGGAGGAAUACUUUAUUUUUAUCAGUUGAAAAUGAUGUGAUUGUGGUCUCGUCAACUGAUUGUUUGAGGGCUGGAAAUGCUACCAGUACAGCUACUAAACCAGUUACAACAAAUGCACCAAUAGGAAACGUAAAACUAGUUAGAAAGAACCCAUUAAUAGGGAAGACGGUUAAGAUUUUACAAGGCCGUUACAAGGGUCUAUUAGGUGACAUUAUCCAUGUUGAACCUACCCAAUUCACAAUUUUACUCAAAGUUAAGCCGAAAACUGUUAGGUAUCCUAAAUCAGAAUGUGUCAUACUUGAUAAUUGGCAUCACAAUAUUAGAUAUGCCAAUACAUAUUCCAAUAAUUCAAGAAUUAAUACUACCAGUACGGUGUUAGGUUCUACGGGUAUUAAUAGUAAUAUGGAUACCUACAGUACUGUAACUACUACUACCGAUAUUAAUGCACUUGCCAAUACUAAUACUACAGUUCCCACUAACACUACUACUCCUGGUACUACAGUGAGUGGAAUAGUUGAAAAUAAAAUGUCACCAUGGUCAGUUGAAGGAGUAGUUGUGAAAGUCAUUGGCCCAGGAGGAUAUUAUGGGAAAAUGGGCGUGGUUGGUGAGGUGUUUGAGAAUAUGGUCGACACCUCACUUCAGGUAUUACACGUCAUGGUUGAGGAGGACUACAUCGCAAUAGCAGCAGAGUCAGUAGAGCCAGUGCCACCAAGUAAGCCAGGAGAACAGGCUCUAGUGUUCUCCAUGGGUAAAGAUAAGUUUGGAACCGUUGUUAACGUCUCUGGAGAUAAAGUCACAGUCAAAUUAACAACCGGCGACGUAGUCACUGUAGAUAAAGAAGGAGUCGCCCUCAUGUCACAACAAUAA